CAAUCGCGAUAGUCGAAGAUUGAGAGAGCUUUGAGAGCAGCACACAAACACUCUUCUCCUUCUAUCACCAGAGUCGAGUCCACUAUACUAUAGUAUACCAUGAGUGCUAGUGGUAUAACUCUAACAGGUUUUGUAGUGCUGCUGCAUGCAGCUUACAGUUGUCUCCAUUUCAAGAGUUUACUUCAAGAAUUGGAUAUCAGCAUUGAUGCCGCAGCGGAAGGAGGACGUUCGGUACCUCCAGCGGAUGUCUGGGUAGAAUGUGGCAUUGGACUUGUAAUUGUGUUUUUGGGUCAACUAUUGGGACCAGGUGCUGGAACCUGGCAGCCUUGUCUCACUACUACAGGAGCAAGUGGAGUCAAAAGACGACCUCUGGUGGCACCGGCUCAUAUUUCCCGUGAUUUUGAUAUCUAUGCGGACCGCUCCAAGGCUGUGGCAGCCAUCAAGAAAGGCAUCUGAAUUUGAUUGAUUUGAUUGGAAGGCAAAAAGUCUGUUGGAUUGUGUAGCCGUUCACUUUUACUUUUGUCUACGAUAACACCAUAGCCACGUCCACAAACAAUUUUAAAAGAUAUCCUACACACAAACAACUAAAUUUUUACAACCAUGCUCAAUCCUCUGGAAAAUCCUGCCCACUGCUAAAGCGUUGCCUUUUUCUAUUCAAGUCCAUGC